AAAUCUUCCUUACACAAUCUUAAAUAAUCUCUCUCUCUCUCUUCGUCUUCAAUUAACCAGUAACCACAUCCCAUCACCCAUUUCUCGAUCCACUCUUUUCCCAGAGUCCUUCAUUAAACUCUUCUUUUCCUUCUUCUUUACAUAAUUCAACUAUUUUUUUUACUUAAAACAGCUCACUUUUUCCACCCUAAAAAAAUACAUCUUUUUAUUUUAAUUUCUCUUUGUUUAUCUCAGUGUUUGAUUCUUGUUUAAAGGGUCUUUUUUUUUUAAAAAAAAUUUCUUGUAUUUCUCUGUAUUUUUAUAUAUGAAAUUUUGUUUUGUUGGGAGUUUUUGACUUUUGUAAUGGGUAGUUCUUGAUGGGUCUUUUUGGAUCUGAAAUCCAUGAUUUUUGGGAUGAAUCUUUGAGUAUUAGUACUUUAAUGUAGGCGAAAGCUAUGAAAAAGUUUUUUUUUAAAUAAAAUAAAAUAAAAUGUGGGAUUUUUGAAAAAGGGAUUCUUUUUAUUUGAUCAAUAAAUGGUAGUUCUUUAGUUAUUAUUAUUGUUAUUUUAACAAUGGGAUCUGGAAAUGGGUUUUUUUCAACUCAAGAGUUCAAUUUAGAUUCUAAAUGGUUAAUUGAUCCUCAACAGCUUCUUGUUGGUCCUAAAAUUGGUGAAGGUGCUCAUGCUAAAGUAUAUGAAGGAAAAUACAAGAAUCAAAAUGUUGCUAUUAAGGUCGUUAGAAGAGGGGAAACCCCUGAAGAAAUUGCAAGAAGAGAAGGAAGGUUUGCAAGGGAAGUUGCAAUGUUAUCCAAAGUUCAACACAAAAAUCUUGUCAAGUUUAUCGGAGCUUGUAAGGAGCCUGUUAUGGUGAUUGUAACUGAGCUUCUACUAGGUGGGACAUUGCGUAGAUACCUUCUGAAUAUGCGGCCUAAAUGCUUGGACAUGUGUGUGGCGAUCGGAUUUGCGCUCGAUAUUGCUCGUGCAAUGGAAUGCUUACAUUCCCAUGGGAUCAUUCACCGGGACCUCAAACCUGAGAACCUGAUAUUGACCGAAGACCAUAAAACAGUUAAACUCGCGGAUUUCGGUUUAGCCAGGGAAGAGUCAUUAACCGAAAUGAUGACUGCUGAAACCGGGACGUAUCGUUGGAUGGCUCCAGAGCUUUAUAGCACGGUCACGCUAAGGCAGGGAGAGAAAAAGCAUUACAAUCAUAAAGUAGACGCGUACAGCUUUGCUAUCGUGUUAUGGGAACUCAUCCAUAACAAGUUACCAUUCGAGGGCAUGUCGAAUUUACAAGCCGCAUAUGCAGCCGCUUUUAAGAAUGUUCGGCCUAGUGCUGAAGACCUUCCGGAAGAUUUAGCAGCGAUCGUGACUUCAUGUUGGCAAGAGGAUCCGAAUGCUCGACCCAAUUUCACUCAAAUCAUACAAAUGCUAUUACACUAUCUCUCGACGGUUUCACCACCUGAGCUGGUAAUGAUGCCUCCGAAAAGAACAACAUCCGAGAAUGUUGUGUUCCCGCCGGAAUCCCCGGGAACAAGCUCGUUGAUGGCUGCUAGAGAUGAUGUAGUGGAAACCCCGAAAACUGUGGACGGAGAGGAUAGGCGAAAAGGUUUCUUCUUCUGCUUUAACCAGUGUUAUUGAUCCCCUUUGAAGACACAAUUUUGUAUUUCAAAGGGUAUUAUUAUCACAAAAUUAAAAUUUUAGGGAAGUUAAAUAAAGUAAAAUUAGCAUAAAUUGCUUAGAUAUUAGAAAGAAAAAGUGAAAAAUAAUUGUUAAAAUUAAUCAGAUUAAUUUAGUUCAUAAUUGUUAAAUUUGCACAUUACUUUUAAAUUAAUGGAUCAAAGAACUUUUGGUGGUA